AGCGCUUGGGACGAUUCCAUUAUCAUCGAGUUUAAAAUAAGGCUGUACACCUAGCCGAACCGCCGGCUCUUACACAUUUACAAGUAAAUUGGCGUCUUGUAAACAAAUUAUGCUGCUACUGGCAACGAUGGAUUCGAUUUGUUUUGUCAACAAAUAAUUGAUUUAAGUAUGGGUGCGUCAUGUUCUAAUGGAACCACAGGCACUGUUGACUCCGUGCAGCCGGAAAAAACUCUAACAUUCAAAGAGCUGUUACAGACUUGGACAAGUGACGAAGGGAAUACGGUUGAGUUACCGGUUGAAGAGUUAGUAUAUGAACCUCACCCAGAUGGCAACUUAGUGUUUGGUACAACAGAGAACUAUGAAGUAUUUUUUGAGGAGGUGAAGAAAAAUUCUACAAAUGACCAGCUAUUUGAAGAUGAUGUUUUUCCAGCUGACUCCUCCUCACUUUACUUUGUAGAGAGAGAUUCAAAUGUUGAUGACGUUGAAUGGAAGCGGCCGCAUGAACUGUGUAAUGCCCCUCUACUCCAAGUGGAUGGCAUCAGUAGAGAUGAUGUCAUACAGGGAGCACUCAGUGACUGUUGGUUUCUAGCCUCAUGUGCUGGGGUAGCAAAGCAUAAAGCCUUAAUUUCCAUGGUGGUUAAAGGUGACCAGCCACUCCAUGGUGAGGGGUAUUGUGGGAUUGUUCACUUCCGUUUCUGGCGGUUUGGUAGCUGGGUCGAUGUCAUCAUUGAUGAUCGACUGCCGACGGUCAAUGGAAAGCUUCUUUAUGCGCACUCUAGUAACACCAAUGAAUUCUGGCCAGCGCUUAUUGAAAAGGCGUAUGCAAAGUUAAAUGGAGCAUACGAUGGGCUGAAUGGAGGAAUGGCAUCGGAUGCUAUGGUUGAUUUGACAGGUGGACUAGCAGAGGUGUUUAAACUAAAGCCUGAAAGUGGUUCCGACUUGGAGAUCUUCCGGGAUCUCUACCGGGGAAUUAAGUGCAGUGCUUUCAUGACAUGCUCAAAAAAAGGAGCUUGGCAACUGGCCAACACUGAUGCCCAGGGUAUAGUGUCUGGACAUUCGUAUACUAUUACAGCUGUUAAAUGGGUCAGCCUUGUGGACGAUAGUCAGAUGCCUCUGUUACGUGUGCGUAACCCGUGGGGUAACUCGAGUGAAUGGACCGGUGACUUCAGUGAUGGUUCCCCAGCCUGGAACCGAGUGAAACCUAAUGAUAAAGAAGCUCUAGAUCCUCAAGAUAAAGAUGAUGGUGAAUUUUGGAUUUCCUACCAAGACUUUUGCGGAGAAUUUACUCGAGUGAUCAUGUGCCGACUGGCUGAAAACCAACUGCAAACAGAUCUAAGUUCCCUUCACACGGUGUCCAUUCGUGGUGCAUGGAUUAAGGGUGUGACUGCCGGUGGCUCAAGGAAUGAUAUAGACUCAUUCAUGAUGAAUAAACAGUAUAUAUUAAGGGUUACAGAGGCUGAUGAAUGGAAUUCUGAAGAGGACACAUCUGCUAAAUGGGGGCGCUGUUCAGUUAUUAUUUCAUUGCUGCAAGAAUACAGAAGCUCAAAAAAGAAUUAUGCUGCAAAAAAGGAUAAUAUAGGAUUUGUUGUAUACAAGACCCCAUUGGAGGAUGGUAAACAAGGAGUAAGUAAAGAGGACAUCCUGUAUACACAAGAUAUCGGCACGUCGGGACCGUUCAUCAACCACCGGGAGGUAAACCGUAAGUUUGAUCUUGAUCCAGGUAACUAUGUCAUCAUCCCAUCAACAUUCCAUCCAGGUGAAGUGUCAUCAUUCAUGCUCAGACUUUUCUCAGAGAAGCCCAUUGAAAUUGAGCUUGCUGAGUAAAUGUAUGGCGAAAUGUUGUCUCAUUUCAAGUUUCUUAUUUCUAAUCAUUGUUCGACUGAAAGAAGAAAAGUCUAUUAAAGAGCGUGGUCAUCUGAAGAGAGGAGAGGGAGACAUAGAUUAUGGAUGAGGGCCUCAAAUCUGGUAUAUAUUUACUUAGUUACUGUAUUUUCUUUGCUAUUAGCAAAAAGUAUUCAUUGUCAAGUAGCCACUAAUAUCAUGAUGUGAUAAUUGUAAAAUAUAAUGGUAAUAUCAAUAAUUAUGAAACAUUUUAACAUGGGUGGCCCAUCCAAUAUUCUAAUAUUGUAAUUUAAUCUCUUGUUGUUUUACUGUAUAUUUUGCUUUGAAUAAAUCAGUGGUGUAAAACUCAAUUCUAUGAUAUUGUUGAAUAUUUUUGAAGAUAAUCAUUGCACAGAAACACUCAGGGUUUACUUAAAUUCUUCUCAUGUAUAUAAUAAAAAGAACAUAUUUUCUAUGUCUGAUAAUUACUUAAUUGUUAUGUAGUUCACUUAAGCAAUAUUCUG